ACUAACUCCCCGUCUAACUGCCAUGUGUCGUAACUGCAUGGUCUUCGCGUUUCCAUGCUAUGCGUAUCUGCGCCAAGGGGCUCUGCCAAGUACGCUUCUCAGCUGUCUGACUAUCGCUGCAGUUCACGUGUGUUCAGUUUCUCUGCCUACAACGUCAGAGUGACGUCAAGGCACUCACUCUCCUACCGUUUUUAUCUCUCCCUCUCCUUUUUACGGCUAGCCUUGCGCGCAUAUGUGGAUGCUCCUGCGAGAACUCUGCUGGGUUGCUUCAGUGUUUCAAGUUGUGUAGUUUGCCUGGAAUGAGUUCUACGCCGCAAUUUCGGAUACACGAUGCACUCUGCAACAAGUUCAUCGUUGUGUGGCAUACACGAGGAUCCUUCCUAACGCACGAGCUUCGCUCGAGCGCCUGCCGUCUAGAGUAGUGACGGCGGCGCAUGCGCUCAGCGCGCCACAAGAUGGCGGCUGACAGGGUGAAGGCAUCUGGAUGUUCAGGGUUGGUUCGUGUGGGAUUUUACGAACUUGGGAAGACAAUUGGCAAAGGAAACUUCGCAGUAGUUCGGUUAGCAACGCACAUCAUCACGAAAACAAAGGUGGCCAUCAAAAUCAUCGACAAAACACAUCUAGACGAAGAAAAUCUAAAAAAGAUAUUCAGAGAAGUCCAGAUAAUGAAACUACUACAUCAUCCACACAUCAUUAGGUUAUAUCAAGUUAUGGAAACUGAAAAAAUGAUCUACUUAGUGACAGAGUUUGCAGACAAAGGAGAAAUAUUUGAUUAUUUAGUAGAAAUGGGUCCCAUGCCAGAAAACGUGGCGAGAGCGAAGUUCAAGCAAAUAGUGAGUGCAGUGCAGUAUUGUCACCAGAGGCACGUAGUGCACAGGGACCUCAAGGCAGAAAACUUGCUUCUGGACGGCGAUAUGAACAUCAAGAUAGCAGACUUUGGGUUCAGCAAUCAUUUUGAGCCGGGCAAAAAGCUGUCAACUUGGUGCGGGAGCCCGCCUUAUGCAGCUCCAGAACUGUUUGAAGGAAAGCAAUAUGACGGGCCUAAGGCCGAUAUAUGGAGUAUGGGUGUUGUAUUAUACGUCCUUGUGUGUGGAGCUCUUCCAUUUGAUGGGAAAACAUUACAAAGCCUUCGAGCAAAUGUUCUUUCAGGGAGGUUCAGGGUACCUUACUUCAUGACAACAGAGUGCGAGCAGCUGAUUCGUCAGAUGCUAGUGGUGGAUCCAGAGAAGCGGUUUAGUAUCCGUCAGAUAGUGCACCACAAGUGGAUGCAAGCGAACUCCACCAGCAACGAUACGUGUCUCUGUGACAGCUGUGAUAAUUCUCCUGAGGCAACUCCGCUGGAAGAAUCUGAGGCAUUGGACAAUAUCGUGCUCCAACAUAUGCUACAGCUACCCCAGCUAACAGCAGAACAAAUUGAACAAUCUGUGCAAGAGAGGAGGUUUGACCACUACAGUGCCAUCUACCACCUGCUGCGAGACAAACUUGAACAACAGCAGAAAAAAGCCCUUCUCCCGCAAAACUUGCCCCUCACAGCACAGCCACAGAGGAAGUCCAGCAUCACUACAGGAAUUGUUGAGAAGGGCCCACAGCCAUCAGAUGGUGACGGAGAACCCCAACAGACAACUCUUGUCCCAAGUCCUGUGCUUGCAGUCAGUCCCAUGCCUGAGUUGCAACCAAUGCUUUCAGGGGAUCAGUCACUUGAAAAGUUUGGGGAAGUGGAGCUGGAGUCUGAUGGCGAAGGUGACAUGGGACAUGAGUGGGCUCCAGUGUGUGUUCGUCGGCACACUGUUGGGCCAGGUGAUCCACAACGCGAAGGAGGCCCUGCAACCGUGCUGUGUACCCAGGGUGGCAGGGGUGCUACUCAGGUUCCACUCAGUGCCCUUCCACACACCAAUCUUCCCCAGAACUUACCAAGGCUCCAGAACUUGCCACCCCAGAACUUCUCUAUAAAAGACCAGCAUCUGCUUAAGCCACCCCCUGCUAUGGGUGCUUUAGUUGGUGGAUUCGGACGUCGUGCAUCUGAUGGCGGUGCCAACAUUCAACAAUUCUUCCAACGGCACCUUCUGCAGGGCCAGCUUAGUCACCCAUCAAGUAAUGAGCUCAUAUCAUCAACAAUAUCCCAUGUCAGUGGACCAAUGCCUCAAACCCUUCAUCCAAGCUCAGCUUUGAAAGAUGACUGCAAAGAACUGGAAGAACAAACUGACAGCAAUGCAAUCACUAGUGGAGUGAGCUUGGGAUGCGCUUGCCUUAGGUACCUCCAGGCAAGAGGCCAUGGUAAGCGACACACUGUGGGGAGCACAGAUGAGGUGCAGGAUGUGCAGUGGAAGGUGCAGCCCAGGCAACGAAGAACAGGACUGCUGACUGUCAUGGAGAAGCAACCAGGAGUGCCCAGGAGAGCAAGUGAUGGUUGCCCACCUGUAAGCCCACACCGAACACAGCUGGAACGAAUAUACAAUCAGACUCUAGGAAGCGAGAACAAAUGUAUAGUCCGAGCCCUCCAGCAAGAGUAUCAGCAACUACAGAAACACUGUGGCACAAUGGACGCCCAGCUACAAGCGGAGAUUCAGAGGCGGCACUCUCUCCACGUCCAGCAGAUGGCCCACCUGCAGCCAUCACUACUGGGCACGUCUGCAUCAUCACCUCCAUCCAUUGCAGGCUCUCCCAUUCACCAGAGUCCCUCUGCUACGUCCUCGGGCCCUGCCUCCCCGGGACCAGCUGCUGCUCUUACACAGAACCUCCAAAGGCUUCAUCUACAACGCAGAGGAAGUCCUGUUGGCUUCGGAGCCACCAACCUGGAUGCUGUUACCGUGCCCUACCCCCAGCAAUCACCGUCACCUGAUGCAGCUAGAGACGGGUCCCCUCCAGUAAACACCAGUUCACAAGGGGGUGGGGCAACGCCUCCAUAUACCUUUGGGGGUGGGUCUGUUGCAAUAGUCGAAGGAAUAGUGACACCGCCAUAUGCAAUAGGAAAUGUGUCUGUUGGCUCUGCUUCUGUAGGAGGUGGGACAACACCCCCUUAUGGAAUGGGAGGUCUUCCUGGCCCUGUGGGUGGUGGGACAUCACCCACAUAUGGAAUGGCAGGUGUGGCUUCUCCACAGAGCCGUUCAUCCUCUCCUCCUCCUGUUUAUACAGAUACGCCCGUAUAUCCAAGAAUACAAGGAUUGGUCUCAGCUCAACCCCGAAAUAGCCCUCCUCCUGUGUUCCUCGGAAUGAUACGAGAAGAUGCAACAGAGAAUGGUGCGGGACUAACCUCACACUUUGUAACCGCCCCCGACCAGCCUCAGAUCAUAGUGAGCUCUGCGUACGACCCGUCUUGUCGCACCUUUCCACCUCACAUCAGCAUCACAGAUGAACGUGGUAAGGAAGUGGCUACGUCAUCGUCUUCCCCAUCACCAUCGUCUUCCUCAUCAGCGUACGCAGACUAUUCUCUGCUCCCUUUGGACCUUGCAUAUUCCCCCACAAGGUGGGCAGAGCUUGACGACGAUGGACACCAGAGGUCUUGGCCACAGACUUUUCCUUCUCCUGCCUACUGCGCACCAGAAGGAGCGCUCCAGAAGACACCAAGUGGAUCGCUGUGUAUAGCAGUAACACAUUCGGGCUGUGGUGAUAUCCUUACAGACAUUAGGCAGAGGUUAGACGCACAUGCUCCGGAGCUGCCACUCGUCCUACAGCAGUCUGAGCGGGGCCUAGCCCUGGAACAUCCAGCAGCAGGUGUGCAGAUUGAGCUGGAGGUGUGUGAUGGACCCAAGCCCGAUGAGCGCGGACUUAAAAUGCGAAGAAUUUCGGGUGAUAGUUUGCAGUACAGCCAGUUGUGUCACCAGCUCAUAGCGUGCAUGAAUAUGUGAUGUGUACGUCACCGCCUAGUCAUCAGACCUUAGACAUCCCUGUGACUCCUGCUACUGGUGCAAGCACUGUUGCAUUAUUGUGGUAUCAUGGGAAUCAGACUUAUAGGAUAGCUUGGAGUGGUUCAGAGACACUUCUGUGAUUCGUAUUGUGCAGAUUCCCUGGUGUUACGCCCAACAUAUUUUUCAACGAGCCACACUGCUUCCAGUUUAAGACAGAAACAAUGCUAUCGUUCAUUCCUUAGAUGUGGAGUAGUUCUCUCUCACGUUGUAAACUCAUUUGAGGUAACUGAUUAUAUCAGCACAUUACUGUUACGUUUGUGUACAUUUUAAGAAAUCCACCCAAUCCAACUGGGGUCACAAAUUGUCUCUGAAGCACUAUGGGCAUUUAAUAGAAGGUGUUGUUUCCUUUUCCUUUGGCAAGCCUCUCCAGUCUCCUAAUUGUUGUGGGUAACCCCUUUCGGAUGAUUUUACACACCUAGUGGAAAGCAGCCACUUGGGAAGGAAAGCCUUGAAAUUGCAUAUUUUGCAAUUUUGUGUAACGGAUUAAUUUUGUCUGCAGCCGAGGCAUGCAUUUGCUUAGUGUUUGAUUCAAACCCAGAUUAUGGGUUAAUGUUUCCCCCUGUUUAUGUAGCCAUGAGCUAGCUACAGAAAAAGUAAAGGGUGGCCAUUGUCCAGAUGGCAUCUGGAGUCUGUUGAUAAAGUUUGAGGAUACGUGGCAAAAUAAUUCAGAAGCUUUGCUGCUUCUAUUUUAGUACCUGUUCUGUUUCGGAUGCAAAAGGGAUUGGUAUGGGCAGUUCUCUUUUUAAGGGUCAACAAACAUUCAUUGAGUUGCAAUCAUGAAUUGUGUUUUUGAUACUGGCACAAGAAGGUCCUCUUGAUGCUCUGAGAAGUGCAUUUGGUACAUUGUGUAAAUAAUGAGUAAAUAGCUCACUGUAAUAUAAGAGGUCGAUCACAAGCAAGGGUACGUAGUGAGUGCAAUAGGUUUAUGGUAAAUAGCAUCAUGCAAUGGUAUUCUGUACCAUGAUAAAAUACCAGCAUGCAAUCUUCUUGUCUUGUGCAUUCCUCUUGUAAUGCUGGGUUCGUUUUUCUUUACCUAGGAUCAAAUUAUUAGGCAAAGCAAGCCAAAUAUUACAUCUCAAGUGGUUGGGGUAUACAGCUGCAAUAAUGGGUGCCACGGGAAGGAAUCAAUAAAGUAUUUAUUGAUAUUA